AUGUGUGAAUCUACAUAUCUGCAUCAUGGCCAGAUGCCGCCGUCGCCGUCACCACCGCGGCCGCCGGAGUACAAGCAUUUCUGUCGAGUGUGCAACAAGGGGUUCACGUGCGGCAGCGCGCUCGGCGGGCACAUGAGAGCGCACAGCGCCAGCGACGUCGACGGGUUUGGCGCUGACGACGACUCGCCCCGCGAUGAGCCGCCCGUGAGGAGCCGCGGGUCGGAUGAUCAGUGGGACGCACCGGGCACGUCGGCGACGCACGCGUACGCGCUCCGGGCAAAUCCGAACCGCCUGAUCAGGAGCUGCCAAGUGUGCAAGAACUGCGGGAAGGAGUUCACGUCGUGGGAGCUUUUUCUUGAGCACGGCAGGUGCAACUCGGACGAGGAGGAUGACGAGGCGGAUGGCUCGCUGCGUUCGUCAUCGCCUCCGUCUGACGCCGACAGCGAGGAGGAUCCGGCGGUGGGCGCCGGGUGGUCAAAAGGGAAGCGCUCGCGCCGCGUCAAGUUGAUGACCGCGGGGGACGACCCUUUACCCACGGAUCCGUCGCGGCGUUGCGCGUCGGGCGAGGAAGAGGACCUCGCCAAUUGCCUCGUCAUGCUCUCGUCGUCCAACAAUAUUGAGCAUGCAACCGUCGCCAGGACCGACCAGAAGGAUCCGUGCACGUCAGCAAGUAAGGAAGGCGGCAGACGGCCGCCACUGCUGCAACCGAUCUCUUUCUUGGCGCCGGCAUCGGAGCCAGUGAUGGCACUGCCCUCGGAGGUGGCGGCGAUGCAGUACGUUUCGCCUGCACCACGCGGCGUGUUCGAAUGCAAGGCCUGUAAGAAGGUGUUCACCUCGCACCAGGCUCUUGGCGGGCACCGAGCCAGCCACAAGAAGGUGAAGGGCUGUUUCGCGGCCAAGAUCGAGAGCAGUGCUAGUGAGCAGCCCAGUUACGCUCAUGCAGCAUCCCCUAGUACGAACAACGAUAACGGAAAGGCCACCGCCGUCGAUGUCAAUGCGAAUGGAAGUGCGGAUGUCAGGACAAACAUUUACAACACCAUUGACGGGGACACCGACGUCGGAACGAGCGAGGCAGCGGCAUCAGUAUCAAUGGCCCUCGUGCCCAUCGUACACGAACCGCCGGUCGCGUUACUCACCGUUGCAACGCCGUGCAAGAAAAACGCCAAAAUGCACGAGUGCUCAGUGUGCCACCGCCUGUUCACCUCCGGACAGGCGCUCGGAGGCCACAAGCGGUGCCACUGGCUCGCCUCGAGCACAGCGGACCCCACUAACCCGGUCGCCCACCUCACAGUCCCACCCCUAACCGAAGACAUCGCCGGCGUAGUCAGACACCAGCUUAUCCUCCGACCAUCGGGGGACGCACCGGAUCCGGCGCUCGACCUCACCAUUGCGGCAAACCCGCUACCACUGACGGCUCCCGUGGUGCGAGCCGAGGCCGGCAGCAGCUCGUUCCAUCUCGACGUGGCAGCGCCGGUACACUUCCAGUCACCGGUUGUACCGAGCAAGGCGAGCCACCGGAGCAAGAUUUCUUCCACGAGCGGCCACGACGCGGCGACGGCGAGCGCCGCAGCAGAGGAUGAGGCGGACAGCACCACAGCCAAGAAAGCCAGGCUCAGCGACCUCAAGGACGUGGUUAGCAUGGAUGGGGAGCCAACGGAGCCGUGGCUGCAAGUUGGCAUUGGCUCCUCGUCGGCCGGAGGUGGUGACAGGAGCACCCGACAAUGAGCCGUUAAUCAGUCAGUACAUAUUUUUAUUAACUAACACUAGCUCAGAGCAUUGCAUCUGCAAUUUGAGUACAUUAUUCCAGUGCAUACAUGUAAUUUGCUUUUCUUUUUCUAGAUUAGCAUACUUGCAUGGAGACAGAACAUAUACGA